AUGUCGUCUACUGUCGCCUCACAACUGACCUCGUCGUCUCUUACGACGACCUCUUCCCCGGCCUCUGGUACUUUUGAUGCUACAUUCGCAACGUUCACUCCUCCGGCUCCCUCCAGCGCUCUACCCGAUCCUGGAAGUAUAGGCGCAGGUGGUCAGACCGGCUCUGAUUCAGGCUUUUCCUCCUCGCUUUACCCUACUCUUGUCCUGCUCCUCACCGUAUCAGCCACCAUCGUCUUCCGAUCGACGCUCCUCCGCAGACGCCAGCGCACAGCUAUCCUCGCGGCUAUCGCUAAUGGCACCUAUGUCCCGCCUUCCCCGCCUUCACGCGCCAAUCAGUCAGUCUUUGGCGAGAAGCCCAGGAUGUACGAGGUCUUUCUGGACGAGGAUAAGGCCCGCUCGCAGAAGUGGGCGUCCCUGGCAGUUUUCGUCUUAUGUAGAUUCAUCAUAGCCGACCUCUGCGACCUUGGUGGAUCCUCCUCGUGGAACAUCACUUUCAACAAUCCAGUCGACCAUCUCAAAUAUACCUGCCGAGACGAAUCUAUCGGGAGGGAGAAUGAGGCGGUUCCUCAAGUUCACCAUGCCCGGCUUCCUCCGAUGGAGGCACUUGCGCCCAUCCGAGGCCCAUUCGUCUUCUAUCGAGUCCAUACAGCUUGA